UCGUGAGAGAAGCCGCCACGUGUCGCCGCCGUUGCCGGAGCCUCCUGAGUCUGUUCCUAGGGUGGUGACGACCCGUUUGGCCUAUAUUUGAGUAGAUCUGAGCUUUUAAGUUCUGCUCCUUUUUUCUUGGUGUGACCCACACGCCGUCGUCGUCUCGGAAAAGGUCACUGGAGACUCUUGGUUGCGUUCUACGGGAUGUCUAAAGUAAAAUUUAUUCCUUUGUGCCUUCAUUAAAAAAGGAUCUCGAGCACUUGAAAGCAAUGGUUGAAUCAAUGAGUAAGCCCUCUGGAUCAUGUACUCUGUCCAUAAAAGGAAAGAUUUGUCUCAAUAUUGUUGGUCAUAUGUCUGAAGGUAUUUGGAUCCUUGAUUCGGGUGCAACUGAUCAUAUGACACCUUGUAGUGUGUCCUUCGACUCAUAUGGUAAAAGAAAUAAAGAACAACUUAUUACAGUUGCGAAUGGUCAAGUGUGUCCUUCGACUCAUAUGGUAAAAGAAAUAAAGAACAACUUAUUACAGUUGCGAAUGGUCAAGGACCUUGCCACAGGGAAGACAAUUUUAACUGCUAAGGAACAGAGUGGGUUGUAUUUUUUAGAGUUUGAUGACCAAAGCAACCCGAAAAUCAUGAAUCAACAAGUAAAAUCUGAGACGUGGGCAAAAUCCCAAAUAUGGUUACAUCAUCAAAGGCUUGGGCAUCCUUCAUUUAGUCUUAUCAAGUCCUUAUUUCCCCACUUGUUUACAAAGAGUCUGUUGAGUCUUUUAAUUGUGAUAUUUGUCAAUUUUCAAAACACCAUCGUGCAUCUUAUCCUAUUAGUCAUAAAAAGAGUAUUUCUCCAUUUGCUUUAAUUCACUCGAAUGUUUGGGGUCCUGUCAUAGAUUCUAUUUCUGGAGCCAAAUGGUUCAUUACCUUUAUUAAUGAUUGUACUCGUGUCACGUGGACAUACCUUAUUAAAAAUAAAUCUAAAGUUUUUCAAAUUUUUGUUAAUUUUUUCCAUCUUGUCCAAAAUCAAUUUGGAAAAAAUAUCAAAAGAAUUAGGUCUGGUAAUGGUACUGAAUAUGUG